CUUCCCAUACUCUCUCUCUCUCUCUCUCACACUCUCACCCUUGUAUGUCUCCUAAUCGGCCAAUUCGUAUCCCACUCGCCGCCCACCCGCUCGUCCAGCACACACCUACUCUCUCGGCUAGCAUGUACCCGCCAUCAUCGUCCGCCGCCCGCUGUGGUGGUGGGAAAAGGCAGAGGGGAUGAGCAUGAGGCGUGGACGCCUGCCUCUCCCAUCAUCGGCUGGUUGGCUCAGAGCUGAGGGAUGUGGGGGAAGCGACCAGAAAAAAAGACGGGUGCGCAAUGAAUCGCCUCGUGGCUUGGCAGCAACGCACAGCAACGCAAAAGGCGUGGCUGCCAAGAUUUACUUCCUUGACCAAGGUCAACGUCGGCGAGUGUGCACCACUACACUACCUAAGUAAGGUAGACUAUACCGGGGAAUUUCCCGCCUGCCCUGCGUGGAGACUGACCCUCUCUUCCUCUGCUGAUGCUGAGCCCUUUGCCAAAGUCAAAGUCUUGGCUCUCCAUUUUGCCAGAAAAGAAUGCACACCCGCUCACCUUAUUCUCCUGCCCAGCCUUGGCCGGCAACAACGGCGCAUUGGCAAAAGCCCCAGAGCCCGCGCCCUUUCUCUCCAUCCUUCUCGUCUCUCUUGUCAUCGGUAUCCUUUCCCGCUCCCCGGAAUUCUUCCUCAGCUUCCUUGGCCCCCAUGUUCAUUCUCCUCUAUAAGGAAACGGCAUCCCUCCACACCCCAGCAGCAGCACCAACACCACUACCACCACCACCACCGACGAGCCGCAACUCUCGCCUGGCUGACCGUUACUGACAGCUCUGCCCCCGUACACUACUCCGUCACCCUACAGCAGCUUGCCUGCUUGCUUGCUGUUUCGCCAUCGUUGCACCCGCCUGUGGAAAGGCUCGUUACAUCUUUCCCAUGUGGUAACAAGGGUCUCUCACCACCACCAAUACUACCUACCAGACACGCCGAUCCACUCUCUGCCGCGGGAAACGACCGAAUGCCUUUUCCUCCAACCCAUUCUUCCACAUUAAUCCUAAUAUCGACGAACUUUUGCCAUUUCUGUCCAGCUCCAGCUUCUGUACCGUCAGGCCGGGUCGACGGAUUGCCUCGCCUUGUCCACUUACGGAGCUGGUCGCCUCACCCGAUGAACUACUACCCUUGGUAACCAGCACUUGACGUUAAACCAUUGUUGUACCUUUGGCCAUUUCUCGAUCCUCCGCCAGCCUACGCUCGGCAUCAUCCCCGUGCUGUCACCAUGCAUUAUCCGCAGCCGUUUCUCGCUCUGUUGUC